AUGGCACAGCAGUUCGAUAGACGACGCGUCAAUGGGCCAGAAGAUAGUGCCGCACCCGUUUUUCUAGAAGAUGAGGAUGUCUCUGGCUCACCAUAUGCGACUUGGAAAGCGGGAGACCCUCGAGUAGGACGCCAACCACUAGACAUCCGACCCAUAUUUCUGAAGGCGGGAUUAAUCAGUCAAGCUAAUGGGUCUGCUUAUAUUGAGGCUGAGAGAACCAAAAUCGCUUGUGCUGUCUAUGGACCUCGACAGUCAAAGAACACCUCAUAUAGCGAGAACGGUCGACUGAAUGUUGAAGUCAAGUUCUCCCCCUUCUCCUGUGCAACUCGCAGAGCGCCAUUACGCGAUGCGGAAGAUCGGUCUGUUGCAGUGCUCAUUCAACAGGCACUGACCCCUUCCGUCCGAUUAGAGCUGCUUCCUAAGUCCGUCAUUGACAUAUUUGUGACGGUCAUUGAAAACGAUGGCACGGAAGGUUGUGUGGCGGCGGCCUCACUUGCUGCUUCCACUGCUCUGGCAGACGCAGGGAUUGAGAUGUUGGGACUGGUCACGUCUUGUUCAUCGUCGUUGGUCGGCAAAGAUGUUUGGCUUGAUCCAACAGAGCAAGAAACGACAUUGGCGGAGGGUAACCUGGUGUUUGCAUGCAUUCCAGCGCUGGGUCUUGUCACUAGUGUUUGGGAAACUGGGCGGAUGUUGCCAUCUCAGGCUGCACAGUGCAUGGAACGGUGUCAGGAGCGUUGCACUGACAUACACCAGAUCGCUGUACAAAGUCUUCUAGAAAAUGCAGACACCAAAUGAAUGUGUGUCUUGUUUGAUAUGCCAAUGCUCUCUCCGCGUUCUGUGAUAGCAAGUUCCUCGACCUGUUAGUAUUGUGGCCCGUCGCCGACAAGCAUCCACAGUCCUCCCCUAUUCGCUAUGGUACACUGCAUUCAACUCUCACG